AUGAAUUACGGGGUUGAACAAGAACUUGUUGCAUUCUUCGAGAAGACUACGACGACUCGCUCGGCCUGUGACAACUAUGCCAGUGAGCAUCUUGGUGGCAAUGUCACUCCAGUCGACGUGCAAGGCGUGUGUAGCUACACCGUCUAUGCUGGUCCUAACGCCGAAUUCAUCGUGCAGUAUCGUCUGAAGUCGCUUGCGCUGAACAUGGACAUUAUGAACCUUGCCAAUGCCAUUUACGGUACCUUGCCACCCCAGAUCUCCUUCAAGGGGCAAAUUGGGGAAUAUCACGAGAGUAAAGAACCGCUUUACAUAUACGUUAUGAACCGAAUGCCAGGCAUCUCCCACCUUGAUUUCAUCCUAGCCCAUAAUGGUGAUGUACCUGGAAACUCGCUCGAGUUUUCUCGCUGGCGCCAAAAUCUUGUGGCCGACAACGCAAAAUUCUUUGCUCUAUCCUGGAAAGGUCCUCAGGAUGUUGAUCAAACGUACCGCGAGAGUCUAAGCCAUCAGUACGAACGAGACCUGAAUUUGUUACUUGCUGCUCUCCCAAUUCGAUUCCAUCCAUUGAUCCGGAAGUCUCUUGACUCGUUGCCGGACAUCUUUUCGCUUCCUAUGGUACUACUGCACAAUGAUUUUGGUUCCUUCAACAUGCUUGUGGACGAAAAGUCUUGCAAUCUGCUCGGCGUGAUUGAUUGGGCCGAAUCUGAGAUUGCUCCAUUCGGCUUAAAUCUCUACGCUCAUGAUCGUUUGAUAAGUAAAAUCCACUUGAAACAUGGCUGGUCCAGGUAUGAUGAUUAUCGCCUUUUGGAUGAGAUAUUCUGGAGCACGUUCAGUCAAGAAACUGGAGUGGACGAUGAAACCAUCAAAACCAUCAAAGCUGCAAGGAUUGCUGGAGUACUGUUGUGGCUUGGCUUCACAAGUCGUCUUCCGAAUGAGCCGAAGCCAAUACCGAUUUCUGAUGAUGAAAGUGGAGCAUAUGGCAUGCGUGAUUUAGACGGGCUUUUGAUUAACCCAGCUACGAGGUUCACAGACUUGGUAUGA